AUGUGGUCGCAUUUAGAACGUGGCAGUUCCCCAGUAGAUUGGUGUGAAUCUAACUAUUCUAUUACACCUAUGAUAGCAGAGUUUGUUAAUACUGUAAGCAAUGUUCUCUUCUUCUUACUUCCCCCAGUGUUAAUACACCUGUUUCAAAGCUAUGCAAAGUUCUUUAAUCCUGCAAUUAAUGUCUUGUGGUUGUUGUUGAUGGUGGUUGGGUUAAGUUCUGCCUAUUUUCAUGCUACCUUAAGUUUAGUUGGACAACUUCUGGAUGAGUUAGCAAUACUUUGGGUGUUCAUGGCUGCAUUUGCAACAUUUUUUCCAAAAAGAUAUUUUCCAAGUUUCUUAGGUGGUAAUAGGAGAUUGCUAGCAUUAUAUGCUAGCGUAUUCUCAGUGUUAUCGACGGGAUUUCUCGUGAUGCAUCCGAAAGCCAAUGCUUUCGCUCUGAUGACUCUUGCAGUCCCAGCACUUGUAUUUCUUUGCAAAGAAUUGAAAAGAGUAAAAUGUCCGCGCGUUUACCGUCUUGGUCUGCGAUGCGUUGCUGUGAGUCUUCUGGCAAUGUUUUGCUGGAUCAUCGACCGAAUGUUCUGUGACGCCUGGCUUUAUAUAAACUUUCCAUACCUGCAUGGAGCCUGGCACAUUCUUAUCUUCAUCGCAAGUUAUACAGCCUUAGUUCUUUACGCCUAUUUUAAUGUUUCUGAAGAGAGGCCGGAGCAGAAGCCGCAAUUAAAAUACUGGCCGAAAAACGAUUUUGAAUUAGGAAUACCAUAUAUAACAAUAAAACAUCCAUACAAAAAGGAUAAUUUAGCUAUUUAA